AUGGUCCAUCUCAACUUCCCCACCACCGGCAAUGAAGUGGAAUAUGAAGCAUUAGUAGUAGGCCUCGACCUCGCCAAAGCAGCGGGAGCCGCAAGUGUGGUCAUUUACUACGACUUUCAGGUCGUUACUAACCAAGUGAAUGGAGACUAUGAGUGCAAGGGUGAAAGGAUGAAGAGGUAUCUAGAUCAAGUAAGGAGAAGAGUAGACGACCUAAAGGCCAAAAUCAUCCAAAUCCCCAGAGGAGAAAAUGAGCAAGCCAACCGUCUUGCCAAAGCCGCUUCAGCAGAACAUAUGAUCACCCUCAGUAAUGUACUCUCUUUUGUUCAACUUUCUGCACUAAUAGUUUCCGACGACGAACAGGAGAUAGGCUCUGAAAGGAUAAGAAACCACUAUUCCUCCCCCGCCCACCCUCAGGCUAACGGACAAGUCGAAGUCACGAACCGAUCUUUGCUCAAGGUUAUCAAGACUCGGCUCGAGGGGGUAAAGGGUAUAUGGCCUGAAGAGUUGCCAAGCAUACUAUGGGCAUACAAGACACAAGUAAGGACACCCACAGGAAAAACACCAUUCCAACUAACAUACUGGAGUGAAGCAGUCAUACUAGCCAAGGUUGGACUCACAAGCUACAGGGUGCAUAACCACGACGAGAACAAGAACGACAAGGCCAUGCGUCUACAACUUGACCUAGUAGAUGAAGUCAGGGUGGCAGCAGAACAAAGGCUAGCACGAUACCAGGACCGCAUGGCUAAGCACUACAACUCCCGGGUCCGACACAGAGACUUCCAGGUUGGAGAUCUUGUUCUAAGGAAAGUCAUAGGUGUUGCAAGAGACCCCACCCAUGGGAAGCUCGGCCCGAAUUGGGAAGGACCUUAUCGGAUCACGUCAUGGCAGAGGAAAGGCGCUUACCACAUGGAGACGUUAGACGGAUGGAAGCUACCACAUCCGUGGAACACUGAGCACUUACAGAAGUACUACUAA